AUGUAAUAUAGAUCAAGUAAACCUCCUCAAUCGGUGAAGAACAAACCGGGGUCAUUCUUUCCAAAGCAACCCUACUCACCAGCAAAGUCACAUAUAGAACACUUUGUAUCUGAAAAUCCUACACCCCAUUAUCGAAAAUAAUAAUAGGCUUAUCCUACAAGACAAAAUUCGUUUAAUAUGUCAAGUGGGGAAAGUCUAGAAUAAUUUCAUAGAAAGCGUUAAAAUUCCAAUUUUAGUUAAGAUAAGAAAGCAAAAAAUUAACUGUAUAAUAUUUUAUUCAAUAACACAAAUCGUAAUGGUAGUUUUUGCCAAGACACCAUGUAAAAUAUGAUCAUAUACAAUUAGGAAGAAGCAAACUAGACAAGGCUCAUUCAAUAGUUAAGGGUAAAACUGGUACCUCCCAAGCAAAUAGAAGUUAUCCUAAACUAUGUAAAAAAAGCUAUCCAAGAAUAACAACAGCAUGGAUGGGUAGCAGACGUUUGAUAUUAGUUUCGAAAACAAUGUAAUCAAAGGUUAUUAGGACUAUAGUGGUUUUUAGAGUGACACAACCAAACCUUCAGAAGAAUACAAUCCUAGAUCAAUCAAGUUAUUUGAAAAGGGUAAAUAAUUGUUAAGAGAAAAGUAAAUUGAUGAGGCUAUUGAGUAAACAAUUCAUUUAUUCCAAGUUUAUUAAAAAAAUGCAUAGAAGUGGACACCAGAUUGUUAGAGGGCCAUUAUUUUUUGGGAAUAGGUUAUUUGGGGACUCAAAUGUAUUAAAAAGCUAUUGAAGAAUUCUAGCACGUAAUUUAGUAGGAUGCAGUUCAUCGCAAAAACAUUUAUCUCCUAUUAGCCAUUUCUCAUAAAAAGUUGAAUGAAGUAGAUUAGGCUAUUCAAAUACUCAAUAAAGUGAUAGGGAUGUUCCCUCGAUAUUACGACGCUUACAUAUACAGAGGCAAGUUAUAUAUCAAACUCAAUCAAAUUGAUAAGGCUGAAUAGGAUUUUAAUAUCGCCAUUUAAUUAAGUCCACAGAAAGGUCUAGGUUAUUUGGGUAAAGCAGAUUGCUUGAGAAUGUAAAGCUAAUACAAAGAAGCAAUUAAAUCUUACUAAAAAGCCAUCAAUUGCGAAUAAGCAGUUGGAAAUGCGGCUAUGCUUAAGAAGGCCAUUACCUUAUUCGAAAGCUAAUAAUAUGAAGAAUGUGCAAAAGAUUUAACAAAACUGUUAGAAACUGACCCAACUAAUUCAGAAGCCUAUUAUUUCAAAGGAUUAAGUAGAUUGAAAAUAAGUAAUUCACUUUUUUUAUUUUAGAGAAUGCAACUGAAGCAUUAUUAUGUUUUGAAUAAGCUAUAAAACACAACAAUUCUAAAAAAGCUGUUACCAAAUCGUUGUACGAAAUAGCUAAGAUGAAAAUUGAAUAAAGAGACUUUUAUGCUGCUUAUCACACAUUAAAUAGAUCUUCAAUGUUGGACACAGAGAAAAGUUAUUUAGAAAAAUUUCGAUUGUUCACGGAAGUACAUUAAUAAGUUAAACUAGGCUGUAAUAUUUUUGAUGAAAAGAAAAUUCUAAGAAAGCAUGCUUAAUUUUCAAGAAAUCUAAAAUAACCAUUAAUUAAAUGAUUUUUUAAAGCCCUUAUUUUUUGCGUAUAGAGCGUAUGGAUACUUUUGCUUGUCUAAACAUUAAAAAGCACUGGAUGAUUAUAAAUAUCUAUUAGAAAUCUAACCAGCUGAGUCAAGUAUUCAUUAUAACAAGUUUUUAUGCGAAGGAAUCUUAAAAGUGUAAUCAGGGUUAUUCACUGCAGGUAUGGAGUUCUUUUAAAGAGCUUAGAAGAUAUUUUAAAAGAAGAUGGAACCUACAUUCUAUCUGGCUGUAACUUAUAUUAAUUAAUCUUUCAAAAAAAAAAGUGAUUAGUAUAAAGAUGUUAUCAAAGGACUAGAACUAUUAGACAAAGCCAACAGUAUGAACGAUUAGAAUGCCAAUUUAUAUUAUAUUCGAUCUAUUGUGAAGUGUUUUUUAGGCUAAGUGAACGAAGCUCUGAUGGAUAUAGAGUCUGCAAUCCAAAAGUCAGAAGAUAACAUCGCUAAGUAUUUCUAUUUCAGAGGAAUGGUUUUUGGAUUACUUAAAUAAUAUAAGCAUUCUUUAAAUGACUUUAGUAUUUGUUUGACACUUGAUGAAACCUUUGCUGAUGCUUAUUUAAAUAGAGCCAAAUGCCAUUUUUUAAGUGGGGAUUCGAAUUCUGCUUUUUAAGAUUUGCAAUAGUGCAUUCAGAUUCUAUAAGAUGAUCCAAGAAUGCAUGUAUGGGCUGGUAAUUUUUUGUUUGCGAAUGCUGCAAUUGAAGAUGCCAUAAAAGCUUAUUCAAAUAACAAAGACUAUAAAAAUAAUCCUAAAUUAUUAGAAUUACGAUCUGAAUGCUAUAUGGUUUUAGGUGAUCUGAAUUAAUGUUAAGAGAAUAUUAAUAGGUUGUAUAAAUUAACAAAAGAGAAAACUGCUGAAUUUGAUAAGGAUAUGCUACAAGCUUUAAGAUUAGUGUUCAAAGAUGACUAGUAAAUAUAUUUCAAUGAGGAGAGUGAAAAUGAGUAAAUUGAGUUCAAAAAUAACCUUAAUAAAGCAAUUAAUAGUUUGAAAUUAUGUAGAGGAAAUGGUAAAUUGUUUCAGUAGUUUCACGUUUUCAUUUUUAGAGGAGUCUUCCUGUUUCAUUUAGAAAAAUAUGAGGAGGCUCUAAGAGACUUUUAAAUGGCAAGUAGUUAAAAAGAACUCUCUAUCACAGAGAAGAGAUUGAAACAAAGGAGAAGCGAGUCAGAUAUUUUUAAUGAAGAAGAUUUUCAUGAGCUAACCGAAGAUGAGGAAGAUGCUGAUUUGUUAGAAAUGUUAGAAAUUCAAUUUAAUGAAUUAAUUUGUUUAGUUAUACUCAAGUAAUUCAAGAAAGCCAAGGAAAAAUGCAAAUAAUUGAUUGAGAAUAUUAAUGAAGCAAAGUAAGAGGGUUUAUAAAUUUUAUUGAUGCAUAUUGAAUAAAUCCUUAUGAAAGAUUAACAAAAUAUUGAUUAUUAAAGAGUAAUUUGUCUUUAUGAUGAACCUAAAGAGAAUAUUAUUUGCUUUUAAGUACCAAUAGUUUUUGUAAGUGGAUUGAAAAUACGUUUAUCAUUUAGUUUACCAAAAUUAUCUCCUCCAUCUUUAUCCAUAACUUUUGAUAGAAAAUUAGUUUAAGACAUUGGAGUAUUAUAUUCUCAUUUAUUAUUUUAGCCAUUAUCUGUUGAAAAUAAGCCAGAAGCUCCUUGGAUAAGAAGAGAAUAAUAAGAUGACAUGAUCAUUUUUACAGAAAAUGUUUAAUUAGUAGAUGAUAUUAGAUUAGAGACUGAAAAAGAUGAUGAGUAACCUCAAUAACAAUAAUAAAUGUUAGAAAUUACUUAAAUUAAAAAUAAUCUUAUGUUAGAUAAAGAUAUUGAAGAAAAACUGUAAAGAUUUUUCGAAAAAAAAAAUAAAUAAAAAUGA